CUCUCGCUGCAACCUCUGUUUAUUUGCCUGUUCUGUUCAACUAAGGGCAAAGUACAUGACACAGGAGCUAUAUUGCUUGUUAAUAUCAACAUUUCAGAGUGGUUACUGGAGGAGAUGAGGACAUCCUUUAGUUUGUAGUAUUUUGUAGCUGCUACAAAACAGGGAUCCAAGCCCAGGAUACAGAGAGGCAGAUUAAGGGGCAGUUUAAAAAGCUGUACCUGUUUUUGCAAGAGGAAGAUAGAUGGAUAGAUGCAUUGAGAAUGGAAGAGGUGCGGAAGAGUCAGGUGAUGAAACAAGAUAACAGAGAUGAGCAGAGAGAUAUCAUCACUUUCAUACACAAUCAAAGCCACCGAACAACAGCUGAGCAUUGAAGACAUCUCAUUCUUGCAGAACUACAAGGCCACAGAGACCAGAGCCAAGCAAACACUGCCAGAUCCAAAGAGGGUUUCAGGAGCGCUGAUAGACGUGGCCAAACACCUGGGAAACCUGCAGUUAAGAGUCAGGGAGAAGAUGAAAGGGAUGGUCCAAUACUGUAAAUACUGUAACGACCCUGGGUUUAUAAGCGCGGAAAUCGAUUGCGCAAUUGUUGAUAGAAUAACCAUCAUGUCGAGGUCAUAACGCACAGCCUUUGAACCGCAACAAAGUCAGGGGGCGUUCCUCUGCCCAGGUGUUGUUGAUGGAUGCCAAAUCUUACAACAGCUGGAUAGGUAUU